CUGUUUAUUCUAUGCAAGUCCCAGUAAAGGAAGCUUUGCUUAUACCACUCGAAAUUAUUAAACAUGAUAAAGAACAUAAUAAAUAUAUAGUUAACAGUUUAUGGCAAGCCUUUAAUUACAAUGGUGAUG